CAUAUGCAUCAUCGGAAUAUUUACCGAAACAAAGAGAAGGCAGACUUCACUCGUUUAGCACAGAGCUACCCUCCACUGUCUCAACACCUGACCGACACUUCCUCAAUCGAUUUCCGAGACAACAAAGCCGUCCUGACCCUCACACAAGCUUUUCUUCACAGAGACUUCAAUCUGACUCUCAGCAUGCCGCCACAUGACACUCUCAUCCCGACUGUACCACAGAAACUCAAUUACAUCUUGUGGAUAGAGGAUCUACUGAAAUUAGUGCGGGGGCGUGGUCAUACUAUCAAAGGCAUUGAUAUUGGAACUGGAGCCUCUUGUAUUUACGCUCUUAUUGGUGCGAAGAGAAAUGGAUGGGAAUUUGUGGCUACUGAGAUUGAUGGAGUGUCGAAGGAGUUUGCAGAUCGUAAUGUGCAGGACAAUAAACUUGGUCAUCUGAUUGACGUCCGACUUGUUGGACCAAAUGACAUUUUAUGUGCAGUUGUUGACGACGAGUCGGAGUUUGAUUUCUGCAUGUGUAACCCUCCGUUCUAUUGGUCUGAAGACGAGGCACAAGGACAAGGAAAAAAUAGAACAGAGAGACGACGGAAGGGGCCGACUAUGUGCAGAGGGACGACAACAGAGAUGGUGACAGAAGGGGGAGAAGUGGAUUUUGUACGAUCGAUUGUUAGUGAUAGCAAGAAGCUGAAAACAAGAAUAAGAUGGUAUACAUCGAUGCUAGGAAAGAAGUCAAGUGUUGAACCUCUUGUUCGAGAACUCAAGUCUCAGGGUGUCAGUGUGAGGACAACUACAUUUGUUCAAGGCAAAACACAUCGAUGGGCUAUUGCAUGGACAUUCCACGAGUUGCUAGACUGUCCGGUGGAAACUGGAACGACGAAGAAGCGUCCAGCACGAAGUCCGUUGUCGUUCUGUGUUCGUGCAGAACGUUUGAGUAUUGAGGAUGUUGCUCAACAGUUGAUAUCAAUUUUGACAGAAUUGCAGAUUUCAACCACACCAGCCACUCCAAACAGAGACAGUGACGGCAACAUCACAUUUACUUGCACGGCCCACAGCAACACAUGGAUUCACACAAGACGAAAACGAAGAGCACUAACAAGAUCACACUCAAACAACACAACAAACGAUCAACAAACUCCAUCACCUCGUCAAGAACGAUCAGCAAUACAUUGCACAUUACAGUGUCACGUGACCAUAAAAUUGGCCGACAGUCCGACCACAAAACGCCACACCAACGAUACAAGUACACGUAUCUCUGUUGAAAUCGAAUCAACAGACGAAGACAAGAGAGAUCUAAUGAACCAGCUUCUUGUCUAUUUGAAAAAUCGUCUAACCACAUUGGCUAACAAAACGUGUUGCUAUGAACGGAAGUAG